GUCACUACAAGAUUCACACUGAUUUUCCCAAUCACAAAACAAAAUUCAAUAGCAGCGCACAUCUAUUUGGUUAUGGCGUAAAUUAAGCGUAAAAAUUAAAAAUGAGCGAGAAUAAGACAUCUACCACAAGCUUGAAGUCUCCCGAUAAAUCGUCUGUGAAGUCUCAGUCUGUAAAAUCACCGGAUAAGUCGUCGUUGAAAACUAUUGAAAGAUCGUCGCAACAAAGUGUCCAUAGUCGCGCUCCUUAUGUGGAUAGGUAUUAUGAGAGCUGCCAAGAGCCGGACUUCAUAUACGGAGGGCCGUUUAUCCCGGUUAAGCGGCCGGAGCCCUUUAUCGAUGCCGUCACUCCGAUCAAUCUCGAGUUGCAGGGGACUUUUAAACAGAGUUUUGCAUAUUACUCUAUGAAAGAGAGAAUUCCAGUAAUCCUGACCAAAGUUAUAGAUAAUUUAUCAAAAAAGGGCGACGGAGACUCCAAAGCACUUAUAGAAUACGUGGCCAGGCUCAAAAAUGAAGUGGUCACCAACAAGAAAUAUUCCAAAUUCUUGGUGGGUACACCUGAAGCUGAUCAGUGGAACGAAUGGCUCGACUCCCGUCAAGCUAAUACAUAUUUCACAGACGUAUGGGUUUUUGCAGAAUGCUACGUGUAUAGAAGACUCAGAGAAGGCGUAGAACUUAUUCCAUCUCUCAAAGACUUUGAUCCGUUCGGCGAGCAGAAGAAACAAGCGUUUAUGGACGGACUCGAGGCCAUGUGCAUGACGGCCACUCAACUGACACCAAUGCUAUCCCCCAGCGACAAGGACAAGCGGAAACAGGACUUCAUGAACUUACUUAAGAUCUGCCUGUGGUCCAACAAAUGUGACCUGUCACUGUCAGUGGGUGAGCCUGUGACUCUGGGCGAGAAGGGCAAGGACCCCGCGCAGCAGCCGGCUAUAGACCCCUUCCAGAUGGUCAUAGACUUUAAAGAUAAGUUGCUAGCAGACGACACGGCUAAAAUAGCUGACCAAGUGGUCGCCAAAGCGGAAGCCAUCGGGAAAGCGAUAGCCAAUAACACCGUUUUCAAAGCCAAAUGCAGUUGUCAUAGGUUGGCCAAGAUUGGCGGCACAAGAAUUUGCAUGGAUGAGGAGCAAAAAGAGGCGCUAGCCAGAGCGGCCGCGGACAAAGCGAACAAAGGCAAAGGCAAGGGCAAGGCGCCGCCCCCUCCGCCCCCUCCCCCGCCGGAGCCGGCCGAGGACGGCGCGGAGCCCGAGCCGCCGCCGCCGCCCGUGCCCUGCCCCGCUAAGGUCCUCGUGCCCAGCGCUGUGCAGUUCGAUAUCGUGUGCGACAACGCGGGUUUCGAGUUGUUCGCGGACUUGUGUUUAGCGACUUGGCUGGUCGAACAGAAGAUUGUAACGAAGAUCCGUUUCUACGUGAAGAAAAUACCAUGGUUCAUAUCAGACGUCACACCGAAAGACUUUACAGAGCUGAUCACUAUGUGUUGCAACGCGGAGUACAGUCGACAGGCGCCGGCGCCUGAACCUAAGAAACCACUGGCGGAAGGCGAGGCGCCCCCUCCGCCGACCAGCGUGACGUCGGCCGAGCUCAAGGCGCUGGGCAAGAAGUUCCAGCGCUACUACGAGGACGGAGUGUUCGUUGUAUCUUGUGAAGACUUCUGGACGUCGCCCCACGUGUUCAAAGACAUGAAGAAAUAUGACUACUGGUUGUACCGGAAACUCCAGUACGCCGUGGCUGUCCUGUUCAAAGGGGACUUGAACUAUAGGAAGCUGCUGGGGGAGAAAAACGUCCCGCCCAUCACACCACUACUGCAGGCGCUGCAAGGGUUCCAACCGGCGCCGUUGAUCGCGUGCCGCACGGUCAAGUGCGAUCUGAUUUGCGGCUUGAAAAAAGGACGGGCGGAGCAGCUGUUCAAGAUCGACCCCAAGUGGAUGCAGACUGGAGACUACGGGGUGAUCCAGUUCUGCCCGAAGGCCGAGCCGCUUAAGGUGGCGGACCGGCCCUGCAAGUACUACUGCGCCGAGUGCCUCGGGCUCGCCUGUCCCGACGAGGAGCCCUUCUGGUGACCAACGAUGUCGCUUAUGCUCUUUUUAUCUACAAAUCAGUACAAAUAUAAUACUUUUACUAAUUUAUCAAGUUCAUCCCUUUUUGGCACUUAAAAUUCUAUAGCAUGUUGUAAAUAAAAGAUUUUAACUUAA